AUGGAUCAGCAUAAUCUUUCAAGACUGCAAAAACUCCAUACCUCUAAAUUCAUUAUAAUCAGACAUGCCAAUUCCACGUUUAAUUUCAAAUGGGAGAAGACCACAGAAGAUAUUUAGCACGGAAUUGAAACAGAAGACAAAUACGUAUCUAUAAUUCAGGAUACCACUUUGCUAGACUGUCCGUUAUCUGAUCUUGGAAUAUAGCAAUGUAAAGAUAGUGCAAGGCUCGCACACACUCUCCCAGACGUGAAAACAGUAUUUAUUUCACCACUGAGGAGAGCUCUGUAAACAGCCUACCUAUUGUUCAAGGAGCAUCCCUAGUUUAGCAAAAUCCACUUCGUAGUUCAUCCACUUCUCAGAGAAAACACUCACACAGUAUGUGAUAUCCCAGAGAGUUUGGAAUCAGUGAAGGCGGAGUAUCUUACAAAAAUACCUAAUUUAGAUUUUAGCCUUAUCGGUGAGAGCCUUUCUGAUGACUAAAAGAAAAUAUGGUACUUUUAUGACUAUUAGGAACCUGUCAGAUCUUAUCUGUUGUCGAGAUAUGAAUAAGAAUAAGAAACUAAGGAUGAGAAAUAAAUAAUGCUUGAGGAAAUCAUAAAAACCUACCCUGACAGACUCGAGGAUGUCUUCAAUACUUAUUUACGCCGAGAAAAAUUCAAGCAAUUUCUCAUCGAAUAUCAGCGUUCGAAGGGUAAACACAGCGGAUAGGUUUGCAUCGUCGGGCACUCUUAGUUCUUCAGUCAUCUUACUGCGACCCAAUGGCCUAAGAAACCAAUCGAGGAUUCAGAAGAAGUAGAAUUCGAUCAAUCCAAGCAUCCAACUAAAUUCAAAUGGCUCCAGAAUUACAAGGGAGUCUAAAAAUAAACAAGAACUUUCAAAUUGGAUCUAAAAUCAACGAGGAAUGAUGACAGCAAGAUUAAAAUUGCCUCUCUUUUGGAUAAUGCUAUGAUACCAAAGAUAUUUCCAGAUUAGUACACAUCAGGCAACUAAUUAGAGCGAUAAGCAAUUGCCUUAUCACUAAAAUAAUACGAUGGAAAUAACAAUUAUUUCCCUUAAUAAUAAUCAUAAACUUAAAGAAGAAAUGUGAGCUAGCUUGAGCUAAUGAAUAAAAAUGAAAUUUCAGGUUAAAGAUUUAAUACUAAGUAUUUUAACAAUCAAGAGCUUGAAACUUCGAAGUACUAGGAAACAAAGCUUAUAGGGUUUCCUAUUCUCUAGCUAGAUUAAAAAAGUAAAUAUGAUAUCGAUGUAUAAGGUAAAGCCGAAGUAAUUCCAAUAAUUGAGCCUUAUAGGCCAAUGAAGUUUAACGAUUACCAAUACCCAAGUGCAAGAGAUGUCUCUAAAAAUAAGCUAGAUGGUACCAUAGGGAUUAAUAAUGCUUUAGAAAAUUACAGAAGCUAGAUAAACAAAUCAGGACUAACUGAAAAUGUCUAAAUUAUGAGACCCAUUUCAUCUUUAACAAAUAACACAAUAAGCUAUGAAAACUAAAUCACUUAUAUAAAUGAGGGGCAGCAAAUCGACCCACCUUCACUAUUAGGCUACCCAUUUAAAGAUUUAACUGAGUAUAAACAUCAUAUUGAGACAUUGUAAAAUAACGAUGAGUAAGCAGACAGUAUUAAUGAUAAUUCCGUAGGCUUUAACUAGAAUAAUACAAAUACUAGUAUAAUAUAAUUGAAAGAAAAGCCAACCUUCUGGAAUAAAUUUGAGUCAUUAAUUGGAGAGAAAUUUGAGAGGUAAUCUAAAUAUGAAUAAGGAGUAUUAAAGCUUAGAGGAGCUACUAAUGAUAAAAGAUCAAAUAUUGAUUAAAAAGAGGCCUGA